CGCUGCUCCGCUGUCCGUCGAAACUGAAAAUAUUCGAAAAGGAAGCAACAGAAGCAGAAGUAGAAGCAGCGGCAAGCAAAAGACUGAUUACCGAUUACAACGUAGCAGCAAGGACUUCUAAAGCAGACACUCGAGGACGCGGAUUAAGAGACCACUGCACCAAACUGAAAGGAAUAUACAAACACACACACUCGGCGGAGAGCAAACUGGUAUCGGCGGCGGGGAUAAGUAGUCGGGAGUUGAGUGCUGGGCAGCAGCAGCAGCAGCAUCAGGAUCAGCCGGAGCAGGCAGCAGUGGUAACCAGGAGUAGCAGGAGCAGCAGGAUCAGCAGCAUCACUACCACCACCAACAACAAACCACCAUCAACAGCAGCUAGGAAACUAGGAGGCACAAUAGCCAGCAACAUGGAAGAUCUUCUGGUGGAAGUCCGGCUCGACAAUGGAGCCUACUACAAGGGCCAGGUGACAGCUGUCGGAGAUGAUGGCAUCUUUGUGGAUGUGGACGGCGUGCCCGAGGUGUUGAAAUAUCCAUUUGGGAACGUCCGCCUGCCGCCCGAGGAAGCUGUCGAUGUGACGGCCCCCACCUUUGAGGAGGGCAUGGAGGUUGAGGUGUUUACGCGCACAAACGAGCGCGAGACCUGCGGCUGGUGGGUGGCCAUCAUCAAAAUGCUCAAAGCGGACAUCUGUGCGGUGGCCUACAUCGGCUUUGAGACUCCCUACACCGAAAUCUGCGAACUGGGCCGCCUGCGCGCCAAGAACUCAAAUCCGCCAAUUACAGCCAAGUCUUUCUACCAGUUCACGCUGCCUGUUCCCGAAGAGUUGCGCGAAGAAGCUCAGAAGGAUGGCAUUCACAAGGAGUUUCAGCGCAGGAUCGAUGCCGGCGUCUGCAACUACAGUCGCGAACUGGACGCCCUGAUCGUCAUCUCCAAGUGGGAGCACACUCAGAAGCGUGCCAGCAUGCUCAAGGAUAUGCAUUUUCGUAAUCUCUCACAGAAGGUUAUGCUGUUGAAAAGGACUGAAGAGGCUGCUCGCCAGCUGGAAACGACUAAACUGAUGAGUCGUGGAAACUAUGUUGAAGAGUUCCGUGUGCGCGAAGAUCUCAUGGGCUUGGCCAUUGGGUCGCAUGGCUCGAAUAUACAGGCGGCACGCACGCUGGUCGGCGUCACAAACAUCGAGCUGGAGGAGAAGACUUGCACAUUUAAGAUCAGUGGCGAGACUGAGGAGUCGGUGCAGCGCGCCCGCGCCAUGCUUGAAUAUGCCGAGGAGUUCUUCCAGGUGCCCAGGGAGCUGGUGGGCAAAGUGAUUGGCAAGAAUGGCCGCAUCAUACAGGAGAUUGUUGACAAAAGUGGCGUGUUUCGAAUCAAGGUGAGUGCUAUCGCUGGCGACGACGAGCAGGAUCAGAAUAUACCGCGUGAGCUGGCACACGUACCCUUUGUGUUCAUUGGCACCGUGGAGAGUAUUGCGAAUGCCAAAGUCUUGCUGGAGUACCAUCUAUCGCAUCUGAAGGAAGUGGAGCAGCUGCGUCAGGAGAAGAUGGAGAUUGACCAGCAGCUUCGUGCCAUUCAGGAAUCCUCCAUGGGCUCCACACAGAGCUUCCCCGUGACGCGGCGCUCCGAGCGCGGCUACAGCAGCGACAUCGAGUCUGUGCGUUCCAUGCGCGGCGGUGGCGGUCGCGGUGGUGGGCGCGGCGGACGUGGUCGCGGUGGCGGCGGCCCCGGUGGUGGUAACGGCCUCAACCAGCGCUACCACAACAAUCGGCGCGACGAUGAUGACUACAACUCCCGCGGCGACCACCAGCGAGACCAGCAGCAGCGUGGAUACAACAAUGACCGCGGUAGCGGCGACAACAACACCACUGGUAGCAACUAUCGCGGUGGUGGUGGUGCGGGCAACAACCGACGCGGCGGCAUCAACCGCCGGCCGCCACGCAAUGACCAGCAGAACGGCCGGGACUAUCAGCACCACAACCACAACAACGAUGAGGUGCGAGAGACCCGUGAAGUGAGCAGCGUGGAGCGAGCGGACAGUAACUCGUCGUACGAGGGCAGCUCCCGGAGGCGCAGAAGGCAGAAGAACAACAAUGGCCCAAGUAACACAAACGGUGCUGUGGCCAAUAACAACAAUAAACCCCAGUCGCAGCAGCAGCAGCAGCAGCCACAACAGCAACAGCAACAGCCAUCUGCGCCCGGAAACAAGGCGGCGGUGAACGCUAGCGAUGCCAGCAAACAGAAUAGUGGCAAUGCGAAUGCCGUGAGCGGUGCGAACAAGUCGAAGGACUCGUCGCGCAACGGUGAUAAGCAGCAGGCGGCUCCUCAGCAGCAGCAGCAACAGCAGCAGCCGCAGCAAACACCGCAGCCACAGUCUCAGCAGCCACAGCAAGCGCCACAGCAGCAGCAGCAGCAACAGCAACAGCCGAAACCGCGACGCAACAACAAGAAUCGCAACAACCACACGGAGUCCGGUCAGCAGCAGCAGCAACAGCUGACGGAGAACGGGAAGAAAGAGGGCCUGGUCAAUGGCACGUCCUAAGCACGCUCCAGCAGCAACUCAUCAACUAACAAAAUCAACAGGAAGAACAACAAGGAAUGCACAUCGUUCGCCGGAGUAACAACAACGUUGUAUGCGUAGCAGGCAGAUAAACAAAAUAUGCCAUUGAAUAUCGCCGCCACAUUACAGAACACACAAUCACACACACACCUACACCGAUUCAAACAUCAACAGACACCCUACACUCAAACAAAUUACUAGAAACCACAACAUGAACAACAGAAACUAACAAUUUGUUUGAUGAAUACGAGUAACUAAAAAAAAAAAGAACGAUAAAUUAUAAAAUACAUGAAAAAUGUAACAAAUGUAAAAGCAUAUACUAACACCUCCAUAAACACACACACUACAUUACAUACACACACCCACAACACACACUGUUCGAAAUUUACACAAACAAAAACGCAAAAAAAAAAAAAAAGAAAAAGGAAAGAAAUAAAAGAAAUUUCAUGCCUAGGCUUAUAAUUUCGAUUGAAACUAAAACAAGCUUCAAUAACAAUCAAAAUGAAUUAUAUUUAUGUAUAAAACAAAUUCAAAGGCAAUUAGCAAGCAAAUCGAACGAAUUGAAGGGAAACAUUGAAUAUGUAAACUACAACUUAAACUCUAAUCCGGGCAAUUAGCGUAGUUUUCAAAUGAAAGAAAAAUCUAAAACUAAAAAAAAAAAGAAUAUAAAAAAAUACCGACGAAACGGCGCUUUUAAAGCGCCGACAAGUCGACUUGAAAAGUUUCUAGUUAUAUGCAUAUUAUAAUAAAAGAAAACAAUAUAAUUGCAUUUUUUGUUUUGGUUAAAUAAUUUUAAUGAAGUCCAUCGAGGUUUUGUGUAUAAUUCGAGCAUCCAACAACUUAAUGGCCAAGCAAGCAGUUUUUCAUUAAUUUUCAAUAAUUAUUUUUGUAUUAUUAUUGUUUAGUUUACGAUCGCAAAUGCCAUGGCUCUAUUGGAAGUUGCAUUCAAAAACUGACAAACUAAACGAAGGCGUUUGAGUUCAAAAGCCAAGGCGAACAACUUUAUAUAUGUUUGACUUUGGCUUUUGCAGCGUUAUAUUGUUUAAUUUGUUUUGUUGGAACAACAUGGAAAUCCUCUCUUAUUUUUAUAAUGUUGUAUUUAUUUACUAUUAUAAAUAACACAUCCUCAUCUAAACACACAUACUACUCUCAUCUGCACACUCCAUGAAAACAUCAACCCAUUUUACAUGCUCGCUCAUAAAAGAAAAAGAAACGUAUUGAAUUUGAUUUUGUUUUAUAAUUAUAUAAUUUAAUUCGCCCAGACCUAAAUCGCGUAUACUAACUUAGGCCUCUAUUAAAUACUCUUAAAUUAUUUAAAACACGCAGCGCCGAACAUAAAAAACAACACAAACAACAUGAAAUGCGAUAACAU